AUGGAUUCCGAGCCCUCUCCGUCCCAUGAGAUGACAUUUAGCAUCCUGGGCUCUGCCGCGCCCGCCCUGGCUCCUCGAGUAGGCACAUUGGCCCUCGCCGGCCGCCAGGCGAUCGCGACGCCGAAUUUCGUCCCGCUCACAUCGCGGGGCGCAGUGCCGCAUAUUUCGCAUGAUAUGGUGCGCAAGGAGACUUCGAUUAAUAGUCUCUAUAUCGGAUUGGAAGACUUCAUCGAAAGGAAACACCCUGCCCCGCUAUAUAAUGUCCCCGCCGCAGCACACGAGUCGUCAUUGAGAAAGUUCAUAUGUGCGCAGGAUGACGCGACCCUCCUUCUUGGUCCUCGACGAUUCCCCGCAAUCGCAUGCCCGCCCAACAACACCGAGACCUCCAUUGCGAUCUCAACCUCUGUCGGGUUCCGCCAACUCGAGGCCCACAGAUAUAUCGAAGCUAUACAGAAGCUGAAACCCGACAUUGCCAUUGGUCUUGCCGAUAUGGUUCUCGGGAGAGCGCCGGGCCUAAAGAGGCGGGGUAAGAUGAUCGAUCGGACGCAUGCAUAUACUCGCGAUGCUCUGGAGCAUCUAUAUGGGGAAUCCGUGGCGGACGAGAACAAGUCAAAGACAAAGUACUUUGCGCCAGUACUGCCGUUGGAUAACACGCAGCAAUCGCUGUAUCUAGAUGACCUGGAGAGCGAGUUCCGGGAUUACAUCUCGGGCCUGGCGCUCUACGAGUCGGCCUCUUUGGGCUUCAUCCCCGAAGGUCUGGGCAGUCUGCCUCGAUUAUUGCUGAGCGAUCCCUCGAGCCCUCACGAGAUUCUGCGUGAGAUCUCACUCGGCGCAGAUCUUGUGACCGUUCCUUUCCUCCAGGGCUGCUCAGAUGCUGGCAUUGCGCUAGAUUUCGCAUUCCCUGUUCCGGAGGCAGUACAAGCCCUUGGGGAGCCGCAGCCGCUUGGUCUUGACCUUUGGUCAUCGGAACAUGCGAAGGAUGUCACUCCCUUGGUCGACGGAUGCGAAUGCUAUGCAUGCCGAAAGCACCACCGCGCCUACUUUAAUCACCUUCUGCGCGCAAAGGAGAUGGCAGCAUGGGCUCUGCUCCAAAUGCACAAUCACCACGUCGUGGAUUGUCUCCUCGCUGGUGCACGAGAGAGCAUCCAACGCGGAACUUUCGAAGAAGAUGUUCAGGCAUUCCACCGCGCAUACGUUACGGAACUGCCAGACAGAACGGGCGAAGGCCCUCGACUUCGCGGUUACCAAAUGCCAGCUGCCGGGCCUAAUCAGCCCCGGCGUAUGCCUAAAGUAUACGGCCGUCUCGAUGACCUGUCACAGAAAUUCGCCGAGUCCCAGUCCUCGGUUGCUACCCCAGAUACGGACGCAGAGGGACUCGAGAAGCACGGGUUUGCGGAGAAGAUCUAA